CGCCACUCGGCCGGAGCCCAUGUCCCACCCUCCUCCUCCUCCUGUUGAUCAAAAUAUCUCGCUGCGCUUUUGCGAGUCCUUUUCCCUCCAAGGAACAGAAACACCCGGCGCUUUUACCCCACCCGCACCCGCUUUCCCCUCCCGGCCAAGAACAGGAGCAACAACAAGGCUCCUCCUCGAGACAUUCCAUUCAUCCAUGGCGAAGCUCGUGAACAAGCUGGUCGAUUCGUUCGAGGAGCAAGACACCCCGGACGUCGGCUGCGUGCGCGCCGUGCUGGCCGAGCUCGUCCUCACCUUCCUCUUCGUCUUCACCGGCGUCUCCGCCGCCAUGGCCGCCGGGUCCGGCGUGAAGCCCGGCGAGGCUAUGCCGAUGGCGACGCUGGCGGCGGUGGCAAUCGCGCACGCGCUGGCAGCCGGCGUACUGGUGACGGCCGGGUUCCACGUCUCCGGCGGCCACCUCAACCCCGCCGUGACGGUGGGGCUCAUGGUGCGCGGCCACAUCACCAAGCUCCGGGCGGUGCUCUACGUCGCCGCGCAGGUGCUGGCGUCCUCCCUCGCCUGCAUCCUGCUCCGCUACCUCAGCGGCGGCAUGGUGACCCCGGUGCACGCCCUUGGCGCGGGCAUCAGCCCGAUGCAGGGCCUGGUGAUGGAGGUGAUCCUCACCUUCUCCCUGCUCUUCGUCACCUACGCCAUGAUCCUGGACCCACGGAGCCAGGUCCGCACCAUCGGCCCGCUGCUGACCGGCCUCAUCGUUGGUGCCAACAGCCUCGCCGGUGGCAACUUCAGCGGCGCGUCCAUGAACCCGGCACGGUCCUUCGGGCCAGCCCUGGCCAGCGGGGUCUGGACAAACCACUGGAUCUACUGGAUCGGCCCGCUGCUUGGCGGGCCCCUGGCCGGGUUCAUCUACGAGUCUUUGUUCAUUGUGAACAAGACGCACGAGCCGCUGCUCAAUGGAGACAUCUGACGAACCAUCGGCCUGCCCUGUGGCUGUGGGCAGGGCAGUCAGCAUGGUUGGUUCAUGCUUGUUUCUGUAAAAUAGUUCAUUGUCUACAAGCAUGAUGGAUACAUAUAUUGGUCAAGGUAAUUAGAGAGGGUUGCUGUAAAAUAGUUACCCUGGUAUAGGAUUGUUGGAUGUAGAAAUUGUUGAUGGGCUUUGUAUUUUUUUCCCCCUUUUCAUGCCAAGGAAUUCUUUUUUUUUUAGAGGGCGGGGUUCUGUCAAGGAUUUGUUAAGGCUAUUAGUAGUUAGCCAUGUAGUAGAAAACUAGAGAAUGGUAUACGUGGGAGUGGGACCUGAAGUUUUUUCAGGUACACUGUAGUACUAUUGUAAUUUUGUCUUGAAGAUGGAAUUGGAUGUACAGAGUAAAAACUUCUCUUUUUUGGAA